GUGUUUGUUUUUUUCCUACGGCGACGAUUUCAAUUACAGUUGAACGUAACUGACACGUUUACACCAUUUGGUUCUUCAUUUCGACACCUUUAAGGUUUCGAUGCUUUUCCAUUCUCACGCAUCACCUUGCUGACCCAGAAACCAAUAAACCUUCCAGAACCCGAAAAGCCUCAUUUUUGGGCCUCUAUUCUCAUUUUCCUCAUCUGGGUCUUCACCCUUUGAUCACACUUGCAUAAAUUCCACUUUGAAUUUCAGUUUUUAUCGUUGAUCUCGAUCUUCUUCCUCUUUUGCAACGUGGGAAGAAGAUGAUGAGUGCAAAGUCAAGCUUUUUGUUGUGCGUUUCGUUUUUGGUGUUGGGGUGUUGUUUGGGUAGGUUUGUGGUGGAGAAGAACAGUUUGAAAGUCACUUCACCCAAAUCGUUGAAGGGUACAUAUGAAUGUGCAAUUGGGAAUUUUGGGGUCCCAAAGUACGGAGGAACAUUGGUUGGCUCUGUGGUGUACCCAAAGGUGAAUCAAAAGGGAUGCAGAAACUUCAGUGAUGUUGAUGUUUCGUUUCAGUCCAAGCCCGGAAGUUUUCCCACAUUUCUUCUAGUUGAUCGAGGAGAUUGUUACUUCACUUUGAAGGCGUGGAAUGCACAGAAUGGUGGAGCAGCAGCUAUUCUUGUAGCUGAUGACAAGUCAGAAACAUUGAUCACCAUGGACACUCCUGAAGAAGGGAAUGGUUCAAAUGAUGGUUAUGUGGAAAAGAUUAUUAUUCCUUCUGCUCUUAUCAGCAAAUCUGUGGGGGAUAAAAUCAAGGAGGCUCUCUCUAAUGGAGAGAUGGUUAACAUAAAUCUUGAUUGGAGAGAGGCACUUCCGCAUCCCGAUGAUAGAGUCGAGUAUGAGUUAUGGACAAAUAGCAAUGAUCAGUGUGGUCCAAAGUGUGACAAUCAAAUUGAUUUUCUGAAGAGCUUUAAAGGUGCAGCUCAACUACUUGAGCAGAAAGGGUUCAGUCAGUUUACCCCUCACUAUAUAACUUGGUAUUGCCCUGAAGCAUUUCUCUUGAGCAAACAGUGCAAGUCUCAGUGCAUAAACAAUGGAAGGUACUGUGCUCCAGAUCCUGAACAAGACUUCAAUAGCGGGUAUGAUGGCAAAGAUGUUGUUGUUCAAAACUUACGCCAAGCUUGCUUCUUUAAAGUGGCAAAUGAAAGUGGAAAGCCUUGGCAAUGGUGGGAUUACGUGACUGACUUUUCAAUUCGUUGCCCCAUGAAAGAGAAAAAGUACACAGAAGAAUGCUCUGAUCAAGUUAUUAAAUCUCUUGGUGUUGAUCUGAAGAAGAUUAAAGACUGCGUUGGAGAUCCUCAUGCAAAUGUUGACAAUCCUGUUCUUAAGGCUGAACAGGAAGCACAGAUUGGCAAAGGCACUCGUGGCGAUGUUACUAUACUGCCUACUCUUGUUAUAAACAACGGACAGUAUAGAGGUAAAUUGUCAAGACCUGCUGUUCUUAAGGCAAUAUGUGCAGGUUUCCUAGAGACCACUGAACCAUCAAUUUGCUUAACUCCAGACAUGGAAACAAAUGAGUGUUUGGUGAACAAUGGUGGUUGUUGGCAGGACAAAUCUUCUAACAUUACUGCAUGCAGGGACACUUUCCGAGGAAGAGUAUGUGAAUGCCCUAUUGUGCAAAAUGUGAAGUUUCUUGGCGAUGGAUAUACCCACUGCGAAGCUUCAGAAUCCUUGAGGUGUGAAAUCAACAAUGGUGGUUGUUGGAAGGGAGCCCAACGUGGCAGGGUUUACUCUGCCUGUAUUGAUGACCAAAAAAAGGGUUGUACAUGUCCACCUGGGUUCAGAGGGGAUGGAGUCCAGUCAUGUGAAGAUAUUGAUGAGUGCCAAGAGAAAUUGGCCUGUCGGUGCCCAGAUUGCAAAUGCAAAAACACCUGGGGGAGUUAUGAGUGCAAAUGCAGUAGGGGUAUGAUCUACUCGCAAGACAAUGACGUGUGUUUUGGUGCAGGUUCAUAUACUUCUUCAGUAAACAUCUGGAUGGUUAUCCUCGUUGUGGUGGUUGCUGUUUCUGGAGGAUAUGCAUUUUACAAGUACAGAAUCCAGAGAUAUAUGGAUUCCGAGAUUCGUGCAAUAAUGGCUCAAUACAUGCCUUUGGAUAAUCAACCUGAGGUCUCUAAUCAAGUUCGUCAUGAUGUAUAGAUCUAAGUAUUCUACUUCUUUGAGAAGUCUAAAGAUUACUUAGUAACUUGGCGUGAUCUCUACACCUAAAUGGAGAUGAGUGAUAUCCAAGCUUUCAUAAGCUUGCUCAGUAUGUUAUGAUCCUUCCUCUAGUGUUUUUUUUCCUUACCUCACUCUAAUAGCAGAAUUUAUUUUCGUUUUUUAUUAUUAUUUAACUUUGUAAAUUUCAAGCCAAAAUAGUGUUGGCAUAUUAUCCUUUGGUUUGUUUAUGAGAUAGUAACAAUCUCUUGAUAAAUUUAUGUGUUUUUUCUCUUUGGCUCCAAAAUGUUGCACCAUUUUCUGUUCGGGACAUUAUACUUGGUAUGGAAGAGUAAAGUUGAAGACAUAAAUUAUUACUUA